AUGGCUGAAUCAUUUAAAAAUCCUAACGACGGUUUGUUUAAUAUUCGUUCGACGCCUUCAAAUGAACAUUUAGUUUUUGCUGAAACACUUCGCGAUUGGCGGGAUCCCUUGUUACAAGGUCAUAGUCCAAUUCCAGUACUUAUUUGUCCGCGUUGUGCAUUAUGUAAAUGUCAAUCAGUAAAAUAUUUUCAUAAUACAUCAUCUAGUUCUAUUCGUCAACAUGAACCGUCGUGUCCAAAUUUUCGUCAUCAACACGAACGCGCAAAAACACCAAGACGACAACGUGUUAUUAAUCAAACGAAACGACGUGCCAUUUCACACGAUUCAUCUAUAACAGUGAUACAAAGCUCAUCAUCAUCUUCAUCAUCGAUAGUUCAAUUAAAUUCAACUGGACAUUCUCCACUAUUACAAUCGAGUAAACGAACGGAAUCUCCAUCGAAAAUACCUGUCAGAAUUUCAAUACCUCUAAACAAUAGUUCAUCAAUUCUCAAAAUUGACUCAUCAAAUAACAAAACAAAAAUUCCACGAUUAACAAUAGCCUAUCAUCCUAUAAUACCAUCGCCAAAUAGAUCCGUCGAUGAUUUAUAUGAAAUAGAUAGUUUAAACAACGAUACUGAUCAAAUCACAUCGGCCGAUGAAAAUACAUCAUCGAACACGAACAUAAAUAUGAAAACAAGCCAUCACUUGAAUAAUCCGGAAGAACAAGUGUCACUUAGGAAUAAGAAGAAGAAAUAUGCACAUACUAUCUCAAUCUCAGAUAAACGACAGCGACGACAUCGACAUAAGGACGGUCGUCCAUCAAAAUCAAAAUCAACAUCUAACGAUUUAUCUUCAUCGAGUAGUUUAUCUUCUUCUUCUCAAUCACUUGUUCAAAUAAGGAAAAAAUUUCAUUCAUCAACACAGCGUCAAUCUCCAACUGCUCAGGUUCUUCUAUCGUCAGCAUCGCCAAACAGUUUAGAAAAAAAUUCAUCGAAACAGCAUUCUCAUCCUCGUACACGUUCAACUGUAGCCUCGAACGAUCAAUCGAAUCUGAUGUCUUCGCCCAUUUCAUCACAGUCCUCAUCAUCGAUUUAUCUCAUUCAAGUAACAAAUCAAACCGAGCCAAAGAAUUCAUUUGGUUUAACAAAAACCGUACCUUAUGUUUGGAAAAACACCAAUAAAACAAUCCACAAUGAAGAGAAAAAUUUCUAUCCACAGUAUUCUGUUGAACAAAUUCCUCCGACCAACGAUUAUAGAAAACAUCCUGCACCUGUAUCAUCACGAAAUAUAACUUUACAACGUGGUCAAUUGGAUUAUUGGCAAAAUUUAGAAUCGUUACCUGAUUCUAUUAUAACAUCAUCAUGUCAAAAUUUAACUGGAUCAGCAUCUAAUUUACUUUUAUCAUCUCCAUUAAUACAACAAGCGACGAAUUCUCAAGAUUCCCAUGGAAAUAUUAUAUCUAUAACAACAACGAAACGUUCUCAAUCUUCGCUAUUAAAUCAAAAUAACAAUCUAGAAUGGAAUAUUCAAAAGAAUGGAGUCAAACUUCACUAUUCGAAAAUCAAAUGGUACAGUGAUAAUCAAUUAUAUAAAAAUCGACGUUUAAGAAACAUUAAUAAAAAAGAAUACAAAACAGAUAAUUAUACAGAUAGUGGGUCAUCUGGUGAACAAAAAGAUCGAUCGGCACCAUUGAUUUAUGAUCAACAAAAUAUUACAAAUUUAACCAAUCAGAAUCAAGAAGCAUUAGAAAAUUUUUCAAUGAACCCUAAUUCUGAACAAAUAGAUUCAAUCGUACUUGAAUAUUCUACAUCCCAUCCUGGCAUAAACAAUACAUCAUUAUCUAUAAUGUCUAAUGAUAAAAUAACCGAUUCAUCAUCAACACCUUCAUCGAAACCUGUUUCUAUUCAUAAACCAAAACAAAUAUCAUAUGCAAGUACCGAUGAAGAUGUCGAUGAACUUAAUUCUCGUUAUUUCGAAGACAUUGAUCGAUCCUUAAUGACAGCAGAAGAUUAUCGUGAAAAAUUAAAUACACGUUUAUCAUCAUCAAUUAAUGAACAAAAUGAAAAUCAAACAAAUUCAACAUUUCGUCCAAGAAUAUUAUCAACUGAAUAUUCACAGAUAACAAUCGAUUCUGGUGUUGAUAUAGCAAGUGAACAAAAAACUUAUCAACCAAAUACAACAUUAACUAUCGAUGAACAAUUAUCGGAACCAAUAACAGAUCAACAUGAUGCUUUUAAUCUAUCGGAUGAUUCAUUAAUUGAAAGAAAUCAACUGAAAUUAGCCUCGUCAUUAAAUCAAUCUCUUGUAGAACCAAGCGAAUAUUCAAUAUCAAUGAAUAAAACGGAGCAGGAGAUAUAUUUUUCAGCUAAAAGUGAUUUAAACAAUCAAAAUUCAUCAUAUUGUGGUUAUGAACUUGAAAUAGUGACAGACGAAGAAGAUGAUGAUCAUCAUCAUCAUCAUCACGAUAAAACAGACAAUUCCAACAAAUUAAUGAUGGCAUCAGAAGAACCUCCAACAAUUCCAGCAUCAUCAUCACCCAAUCCGCAGUUUCCGAUUCCGUUCGUAUUCGAAUUCAAAUUACCAUCGUUUGGUGAGUGGAUUGACCGUGCCUUUACAAGUUUUCUUUCGGAUACAAGUACAAAUCCACCACCAUCCAUCUCAUCGAGUCGUUCAUCAUCAGUUGGAUCGAUACAUGCUUCUCUCGGCACAGCAAAUACAUCGUCAUCAUCGCAUAUUAUUACUGUUCUCGAUACUCACAAUUUACAAAUUAUGUCAACCGAUGCAAAUGCGAACAGUCAACAAGUAGAAAUACUAUCGCGAAAUGAAGAACAAGAUGAUGAAUAUAGUCUCAAUGACAUGUCAAGUUCAAGUUUAAAUUGUGAAAAGGUUGAUUUUGACACAUAUAUUAUCAAUAGUAAUUAUGAAAAGAUCAAUCCUUCAAUAACAUGUGAACAAAAUGAAAUUCUUUUCGUCAAUGAACGAUCAAAAUCAUUAUUAUCAUCAAUAACAUCAUCGAUUGAAAACGUUGAUCAAGAGGUAAUGAACGACAGAAGAAUGCAAGCCGAUGACGAGCAAAAUUAUAUUGAAUUUGAUCACGAUAAUAACAUUCCUCAACAAACAAUAACAACAGCAGCAGCAGCAGAUAGAAAUGAUGCAGCAUCAUAUUUAUUUCAAGAUAAAUUUCAAUCUUCUUCCAAUAGCCAUGAUUCAUUGAAUCAAUCGGAUCACCAUAUCGAUACAGCAGCAUCAUCGAUCGAUGAUUUAACAAAGACAAAUCAAUUUUUAACAUCAACAUUUUAUUCGAAAGACUCGGCACUUGGCCUAUCAGAUGAUAAUUUGGAUCGUACACAAUCAAACGAAUUAAUUAUAUUCGAAGAUAAUGAGCAACAGGAUACUUCACUAUUAAUAACAUCUCAAGAUAAAGUAUCUGAUGAUGACAUAAUCGAGGUGAAUCUAAAUACUGAUUUUACAUGUGAAACUAUGCAAAAAAGCGAUGAGAUGAUUUCGAUUAAUGACGAAAUCAAAUUUAAUGAACGUGAAAAAAGUGUUGAACGAACCAUAUCAACAAGUUCAUCGGAACAAUUAAUACCAAAAGAAAAACAAACUGGAAUGUAUUAUAAAGCAUUUGGCAGUGCAGCUACGAUUCUUCUAACUGAACAGUAUCGUUGUGAAUGGUUUAAAGAAAAGUUACCUUCAAAAAUCAUUGAAAAACCUGUUGAAACAGACAAUACCAAUCAUGUUCGUAUUGUUCAUCAAAGUCAAAUAAUAGGUGAUGAUGAAGAUGAAUUUUAUUUUUCACCUCAGACACUUCAAUCAUGUCAUUCAUCUCCUAAUUUAACUUCUAAACCGCCAAGAGCAUUCAUUCGUGAACGUUCAUAUUCGCUUUCAACACUUGAUGCUUAUAUACACUUAAAUAUUACACAUGAAACAUUAGAACAAAUUUGGCAAUCAUUACUGAAUGUUGCAUUCAGUGAUAAAGAUGAUAAUGAUUUAAAUGAAUAUAAAUUACGACAUAUUAUUGGUCUAUCAAAUUCGAAUACAAAUGUAUCUCAUACAUUAAUAGAAAAAUCUCGAAGUCAUAAUGAUAUUUUUUCCAUAAGCAAUCAAAGCAAUCAAAAACCCAUAACAAAAAUCAAAUCAAAAUCAUUCGAGGUAACAACAUCGUCAGUAAGACAAUCAUUUUCAUCGAUGAAUACUUCCGGGAAUCUUGGUCUUCUACAAGGUGCGGAUAUAUCCGAACCAUUUGCUGAUCGUUUAAUAUCAAUAUCAAUACAAUCCGAUGUUGAAAGUAUUCCGUCAUUAGAACACGAACAAAUAUCCCAUGAAGAUUCUGUACAUUCGCCAAGUUCGAAAGAACCACUCAGUUAUGUUUUUAAUUUUUCAAAUCAAGUCUAUCAUGAUGAAUAUGAUUUAGAACAAGUAACCGAAAUGGAAGACAAAGCUGUAAGUUUAUCGGUAACAUACGAAGAUACAGAAGACGAAGAAGAAGAUAUGCCACCUAUUAUACAAAUACAUAAUUUAUAUGAACAAUUGUCGUUAUUUCGUCCACAUUCACUAUCAACAAUUCCAAGUUCAAGAGCAAGUCAAUAUGCAUCAAGUGUCGAUAGUGAUGACAUAUUUGAGCGUGAACGUCCGCUCUAUAAAGAAUUAAAUGUUGACAAUUCCGACGAUAAUUGUCAAUUUCAUGCUAGUGAUGAUGAUCAUGGCGUUAUUGGAUCGGAAUUUUCUUCGCCACAAUCGAGACCACUUUCAUCCAUACAUAGUCAACCAUUAUCACCCGAACAAAUUCAGCAAUUUAAAUCUUUGAAUUUUUCAAGCAUUGAUAACGAUGCCUGGGAACGUUGUAUUGAUGAGCCCAUAUUUUAUGAUGAUCUUUUUCUUGGCUAUAAAAAUGAAGAACAAUGCGCAUCUCUUACUCAAGACUCGAAUAAUAUCACAUCGAUCAUUGCAAUCGAACCAGCAGAACAUCAACAAACUUAUAUGAUAGACCAAAUUGAACCAAUUUCAUCGAUCGAUGCAAAUAACAAAGAGAAUAUUGAUUCAACUAUUUUUAUUCAAAAACUUGACACAGUUAUAAAUCAAGAAAACAUUGAACAAGAUUAUAUUACAAUGGAACAACAACCUAAUAGCUAUCUUGAUCUAAAUGAACUUGUUCAACGUUUAGAACAAUUAGAUUCAACGAGUAGGAUUUCAAUGGACGAACGAGAAACUAAAUCAAGUCCUGAUCUCAUUGACCAUGAAGAAAACAAUUCACAAUUUAAUAUUGAAAAUUUAAUAUCUAUAGUCAAUGAAAUCCGUAAACCACGUUGUAUCACGAAAAUAUCAAAGAAACAACUUGUUAUAGAAGAACCCGUAAGCAUAGAUCUAAGACAAGCUCUAUUAAUGACUAAGCCUGCUGUCAAUCUAUCGAAACGUUAUCAAACACAAUGUAUUGAUAAAGUAUCGGAUUUAGAAAUUGUUAAACAAGGUAAAGGUUUUAAAAUUGGUUAUAUCGAUCGGCAAGGCGCUGAUCAACGUGUUAUACUAACAAAACGAAUCGAAGCUGCACCAGAUACUAUACAACGUGAUCCACAAGAUCGUUCAUUUCAUGGGCAACGACGAUAUUUAAAUCCAACUUUUAGUUCAGUAUUACAUACAAACGGUAGUAAUAAUUUACAAGAAGAUGCAAGUUUUCAACGUAUAGCUGAAACUAUUCAAGUGCCAACCAUUGGAACGAAUCCAAAACAUUUCGAUGAGUCGGAUAUGGUGUCUAUUGAUAUCGAUGGUCCAUCGACAAUGUUAAAUUCUAUCUGUGAAUCAAUAGUUAUCACUCAGGGUUCUGUUUAUUCAAGGAAUUCUGCAAAAUCCCAAUCCGAAAAAUCAAACUCUCUAUCUACAUCUGAUUCACCUUCGUAUACUGUUACUAAUCAAUAUGAAGAAUAUCUUAUUCAAACUUCUCAUCAUUUGAAAGAUAAUAAAAUUGAAGUCAUCGAUUCUUGGCACGAUCAUGCUGUCAUCAGUGGUAGUAGUAUACCCUGGCGUAGUCCAUUUAAGCCCAUAAAAUAUAUUCCACCAUCAUUAUCAACAAGUACAAUUCAAACAAAUACUCCAUCAAUACAUUAUAUUGAACGCAAACCGAUCGAUUCAAAUAAACAACAAAAAUCUACUCUUGAUGCUGACCUAUCGCCAAUUCUCACACAUUCAGAAAGACAAUAUCAAACAACAGGUACAUCGCCAAUCACAGUUCGUCAAACAGUUGAUCGAUCAUGUCAAUAUAGUCCGCCACUAACAACUGAUCAAGGUUUACAAUGUUGUUUCGAAGCUAAAACAACCUUCACACAAGUAUCAUCCUAUGAAAUACCCGGUUUUCUACAAACACAAGAUAGAAUACAAACAAACGAUAAUUUAAAUUAUCGAACAAUGCUAUUACAACCAACAACACUUGAACGCAGUGCCGAUUCUGGUAUUCUUGUUGAUGAUAAUCAUCGUCGAACAUCAAAUUUAGCUUUACAAGUCGAUAUAAAAAGUUCAUCAUCGGACAGUGAAGAUAUAUCUGAAGUAACACGACGUCCACUACUUCGACAAAUGGCACCAAAUAAUAAUCACAUUCUAUUUGAAAAUACAACAUUAAUGAACUCAAAUUUAAAAGCAACAACAACUGAAAUUGAACAAGAAAUUUUACAAUUACGUCGUGAACGAGCACAUAUACUCGAUUUACUUUCAUUAAAUUGGAGUCGAUCGAAUAUUUGGGUAGAAUUAACAGAAGCUAAAUUAAAUUAUAUUAUCGGAGAAACAGACGCACUUCUUCGUUCGCUUUCAUACGAUUCGGCCUCAAUUGAUAAUGAAACUGUUAAAUUAAAAAUGCAUCAAUACGAAGAAGAUAUGGCAGAACUAACACGUCAACAUUUAGCUGUCUAUCGGGAACGUUUAGAAGAUUCGAAAAAGCAACUAGAUAUGAAAAUUAGCGCAUUAGAACUAAGAAGAUCUUCUAUUGAAACUCGUUCAACAAAUCAUUUUGCAACAUUUGACUUCGCACCACGUUUAAUACACAAUAAUAAACGAUUGAAUUCAUUUUUAAGUACAAGUGCGGAUAAUUUAACUCUUACGCCAAUUCAAGAUACAAUUGCAGAUCAUCCACAUUUACUUAAUAUUUCAUUUUUAACAUCAACUCCGUUAAAACUAACCAAUCAUCAAACACACUUUUCUAAUCAUCAAGAAAAUCAAAAUCAAAAUCAUGAACCAAUACGAACUAUUUAUCAUACAACAACAAAUCAAAUGCCUAUAUCGACAAAUAAUAAUCAAUAUGAUUAUUCAACGCGAUUGAAUAAUGGAAAUUUAAGCACGAUGGAAGGCUUAAGUAAAAGUCAACAAGCUAUUUUAGAUGAAACCGACAAACUCGUUAAAGAUUCACAACAAUUACAUACAGAAUCAGCAUCACAAUUCGAGCGUGCAAGAGAAAGUUUAUUAUCUAGUGAAACAUCCAUACGAUUGGCACGAGCAAACAUGGCUGCUUCUCGUCUUUCACCGUACAUGGAAAAGAAGAAUUAUGUACCGAAUAACGUAACACUAGCUGAAUUAUUUAAAUAUGAACAGUCAUUAACAAAAGAAGCAGCAAAAAAUUGUCGACGUACUUAUUCAAAUUCAAAAACAACUACUGAAUCUUAA